UCUUUUCCUCAGAUUUUCCUCUUCUUCUUCUUCUUCUUCUUCUGUCGAAAUCCCAAAACGACAACGUUUUAACCCAACACCAGUCGACGCUUUUGGACCUUCCUCUUCCUUUUCUUCGUCUUUCUCUUGUUUAACCGAUUUGGGUUUCCCCACAAUGCCAAGGGUUCUAAUUCUCUCUCCCUAAACAAUCUCAGAUUAACUCCGCUUCAUACCCACAAAAAAAACCCUAAUUUCAAUCUCUCUCUCUCUUUGAUCUCACAUUCUCUCGAUGGGUUCUUCCUCCGAUAUUGCCCCUGGCCGAUCUUCCCUUGACCAUGAUGUCUCCGAGAACCACCACUCUCCCGCCGACGAUGGUUCUCCAGUUACGGAUACGAAAAUUCCCACGGAGGACACUACGGCGCUUAGGAGAACGAGGCCCUCACGCGCUUGCACUCUUAGGGCACAGCAGCGGCUUCAAGAGCAGCAAGCCGCUGAGAGAAAGCUCAGGCCGCCAAAAAAGGAGUACAAACGGGAGCAUCGACGGAGAGAGGAAGAGGUGGAGGAAGAUGAGGAUGUGGACGAUCAAGAGGAUGAGGAGGACGGAGCUGAGAAUCCUCAGCAUUGCGUCGGCUCAAGCUCCGGCAAAAUCGUUACUUCUCUUGUCCCUCCACCGGAACCUUCACAGAUGCCGCGAUGGCAUCUUCGUUCCAUGUGGGAACUUGCUUCCGUACUCAAUUUCUUGCAUGUUUUUAGACCGCUUUUGAAAAUCAAUGCGGAAUUUUCAGCGGAAGAGUUCGAAACGGCUCUGCUUUCUCCAAAUGAUACUUUGAGUGAUAUUCAUAUUCCUCUGCUAAAGGCCAUUCCUCCUGUAACUCGAAUGGCCCUCACACGUGAUACCUGGGUCACUGUCUUGUGCAGAAAAAUAAGAGACUGUUGGCAUUGGGUCGCAGAAGGAGACCUUCCUAUUGUUGCCUCGCAAGGGCGGGAGAUUGAAUUGUACAAAUCUCUUGAUCCAGCUAUUCGCGUGGUGAUUUUGAAAGCUUUGUGUGACAUUCGUGUUGAGCAAGAGGAUAUCAAGAGCUACAUUGACAACUCUCUUAAAACUGGCGUUCAUCUGUCAGUAUUUCGUAAAGAUCGCGUUGGGGGUGAUUCACAUGGAGUUAAUUUUUGGUAUGAGGAUGAUCCCUUAAUUGGUCACCGUUUAUAUCGGGAAAUAAGGAAAGCAGAGGUGGUGAAGGUCAAAACAAAGGGUUCCAAGAUUCCUCCUAAUAUAACUUACCAAUGGGAAACUGUCGCCACCAAUUUCGAUGAAUUCCAAGAUGUUUCUGAAAAACUUAAUUCAAGUAGUAGUAGAAUUGAAGUAUCUCUAGGGAAGAAGUUAAUAAGAGAUAUGCUUCCUGAGAUAGAAAAAGAACACAAGAGGAAAGAAAAAUUGUUGAAAAAGCAGCAUAGACAGGCUCUUCUCCUUGAUAACUAUUUGGUUGUUGACGGUCUUGGUGCUGGCCGUUCUCUCCGUGAUAGGAAGCCAGUUAGAUACACUUUUGAUGAUUAUGAUAGGUCGAUAAAUGAAGCUAUCAAGAUAACAAAGAAGAAACAUCCAUCGCCAGAACCUCCUCUCCACAGAAGAGAAUCAGCCAGAUUGGACGCUCUUGCGAAUGGCAGAUCGACCAGCUCAACUUACCCUACUGAGCUUGUGAACGAUACAGCAUCUGCGAGAUCUUCUGAUUUUGCUGAUUAUGAUGAUUUCGAUGAGCAGAGAGAUGAAUCCUUGGAGAGAAGGCAAGACACAGUUAACAGGCGCAGACAACGGCCCCAGCGGUAUUCAGCUACGGACUUUGUUGAAACUGUUUCAGACAAUGAUGCAGAAUUUGAAAGCGAUGAUGAGAUUGUUGGGGAAGCAGUUUAUGAUGAAGAAUAUCUGAGGAAGCGCAAGCAGAAGAAGUUUUCUAGCGGUUCUGAGGGAGAGGAAGAGAAGGGAGAUGAAGAGUACAAAUGGGAUGAAGAUAAUGCCGAGUACGAGGAAGAAGAGGAAGACGAAGAAGAAGAAGAUUCUCUAAGUGCUAGCGAAGAAGACAGUGAUGAACCCCGUAGGGUUAAGAAAUUGCCACGGAGAGAAACCAAGUCGAGAUCAAGGUCAAAGGAUUUUCGGCCAGGCCUGAGACGUAGUAAAAGAGCCACAAGAAUCGAUUACCAACAAUACGAGCUCUCAGAAUCAGACAAAGAAGCAACAGGAUCAGCAAAACGUAAGCGAUUGGUUGAGCCAGAUGAACAGUCCGAUGAAACAGGGAAUGGGAAUUUCACAAUGGGAAGUCAGGACUCUGAAGAAAAUGCAAAUGACACAGAGACAAAAUCUGCUGAAGAAAAUGCAAAUGACCCAGAAACAAAAUCUGCUGAAGAACAAGUAGAAGAAGAAGAAGAAGAAGAAGAGCCCAGAGAGGUCAAUGAUAACGGAGAGAUAGCAAAUGGUGCAGAGAAGAAUCAACUUAACAAAUCAAACGGCACAGACCAAGAAGAAGUUGAGGGUGUAGUAGGCAAAAGGCGUUUCCUCGACUUAAACGAGCUUGCCCCUGUAUCUGGUUUUGAUGAUGGUCCAAGUACAGUUUUGAAGGAUGAUGAUAAGCAUUGGCGGACCUAUGUAAGAUGAAGGGAUUAAGUGACACCUGAAAAAUUUGUAAAAUUGAAAUUGUUUCACUAGUAUCAACUGAUUUGGUCAAAAAGAUUUAUUAUUGAACCUCCUUUUAAAAACGUCUAGCGCUUAUCAUUGACUUUAUUAAUUCAGUUUUCUACUUUAAUU